AUGGGAUACCAAACUAACCCUAAUUUCUCCAUGUUUUUUUCCUCGGAAAACGACGACCAAAACCACCACAAUUAUGAUCCUUAUAACAAUCUCUCUCCAUCAACUUCGGUUGAUUGCACUCUCUCACUUGGAACACCCUCCACUCGUCACGACGACCACCGAAGACUUUCUUCUGCUAGUUCUAACAAUAUCUCUGGUGACUUCUUCUUUCACGGAGGAAAUGCUAAAACAACGUCGUACAAGAAGAGCAGUGGUGAUCACAACUUGGCUCGCCGUUGUGCUAGCUGCGACACCACUUCUACUCCUCUAUGGAGAAACGGGCCAAAAGGACCUAAGUCGCUAUGUAAUGCGUGUGGAAUCCGAUUCAAGAAGGAAGAGAGGCGUGCGACCGCAAGAAACUCUACCUCCGGCUCCGGUGGUGGUUCAUCGGCGGCAGAUGUUCCGGCAGAUAAUCCGUACAACGGAGGUGCACACUAUUACAAUCAUCAUCAUCACUAUGCUUCGCCGUCUCCGUCGUGGGCUCAUCAGAAUACACAGAGAGUUCCAUAUUUCUUCCCGGCGCCGGAGAUGGAAUAUCCAUUCGUUGAUGACGUCACGGCCGCCUCGUUCCUUUCUUGGAAUUGA